AUGGCGGGCGCGGGGCCGGGCGGGGGGCGGGAUGGGGCCGUGAGGGCCGCGCUGGCCGUGGCCGCCGCGCUGGCGCUCGCCUUGGCCUGCCUGCUGCUGCGGGGCGCGCUGCUGGGCGCGGCGGCGCUGGGCGCGGCGGGCGCCUGGUGUGCCAUGCGGCCCGGCCCGCCCGCGCCGCGUCCGCCCGCCCGGGUAAGCAAGGGGAAGAUCGGAGUAGAGCGGGCGGGGAAGCCCCAGACCGCGUCGGAGGUGCUGACCGCGCUCUGUCCCCACAGGGUGCCGCGCUGCCGGCCGCAGGCCCCGCGCCGCCGGUACCCGCUGCCUGAGGCCCGGCCGGCCGUGCCGCUGUGCUUGCCCGCCGCCCGCUGGGAGGGCGGCUCCCCCCGCAGCACGCCUUGGGCCCGCCGGGCCGGGCCGCUCCGCAGCCCCGUCACCGUGAGAAUCGCCCCGCCAGCCGUCAGCAUCGCCCGAUCCCCAGCUCUAGAACAGCUGGUCUCGCCUCUGGCCUUCCCAGCCACCAGCAGCCCUGACCCAUGUGCAAAGGAGACUGUGCUGAAUGCCAUCAGGGAGAGCAGGAAAAGGGCUGUGGAGGAGGAGGAGGACCAGACUUUUGAGAAUGAUCAGGAGACCAAAAGAAGGCGCCACGACAGCAGUGGAAGUGGGCAGUCAGCAUUUGAGCCACUGAUAGCUAAUGGUGCCCCUGCUUCUCUUAUACCCAAGCCAGGCUCUCUGAAGAGGGGCCUCAUCUCCCAGUACCCAGAUGACUGCUCCAACAAGAGGUCUCGCACCUCCUCCAUGAGCUCCCUCAGCAACACCUACGCCGGCGGGAUCCCCAGCUCCAUCCGCAAUGCCAUCGCCAGCUCCUACAGCUCCAGCCGGGGCCUCUCACAGCUGUGGAAGAGAAGAGGUGUGAGCGUGUCCCCUCUGUCCAGCCCAGCGUCCUCCCGCCCCCAGACACCAGAGUGGCCUCUCAAGAAAGCCAGGGAAGAAGAGUCACAGCAUUCCAACGCUUCCACCCCAGUGAAAUCAGACAAGGAGCUGCAGACAGAGAAAGGUGUGGAGUCACCGGUGUGGAAGAAGCAGAAUUCCUUGAGCCCACCAUCUGCUUCGGGGAGCAGUGGGAAGCGCAAGCGGAAGAUCCCAUUGCUGUCAUCUUUCCGUGGGGACCAGCUAGUGCUGCCCCCACCACCUCAGCUGGGCUACUCCGUCACCUCAGAGGACCUGGAUGCAGAGAAGAAGGCAGUGCUGCAGUGGUUCAACAGUGUCUUGGAGGAUAAGGCUGAUGCAGUCCCCAGCACCACUGCAGAGACAAUGCCUGUGUCCAAGCCGCCGGUGUUUGUUGUGACCUCUGCUGGGCCUAUGCCUGCCUCCACAGCUCCUGCCCCGGCCAGCUCCUCACUUCUGGACAGUCUGAAGAAGAUGCAGAGCAGCCAGGCUGUAUCCACAACACCAGAUUCCACUGGAACUGUGGCAGCAUCCCAGCCACCUCCGUCAGCUGCACAGCCAUCUGCUCCUGCUGUGUCAUUGGAGUCAAGCUCUCUGCCUGCCAUCUCUGCUGACACCAAGCCUGUGCCUGUAUUGAGCACACCUUCCCCCAGUGCUCCCACUGCCCUGGUGGUGCAACCCCCCAGCAGCCUGGCCUCUCCUGUGUUCACUGAGCUGGGCCAGACGCCCAGCAAGCCUCCCUCCUUCCAAAAGCCAAGCAUCCUGUUUGGGAUGCUGAACACCCCGCCAGCCAGCCAGCCAGCAGUGACUGUGGCCGCUACCGUGCCCACCACGGCCACUGCUACACCCACUGCAUCCACUGCUGUGCCCACCCCAGCCACUGCCGUGCCCACCACAACCCCCAUCUUCAAACCCAUCUUCGGUGCUGUGCCAAAGAGUGAGAACGCAGCAGUCUGCACGGCUGUCACUUCCACCACAGCCACCAUGCCCGUAAGCUCAGGCCCUGCCUCCACGUCCUCCACAUCCUCCAUAUUCAAGCCCAUCUUUGGCAGCAUCACUGCAGCUUCAUCUCCAGCAAAAGUUUCUCCUUUUGCCUUCAAACCUGCGGCACAGCCGGCUUCAGAGCCGACAACUGCCUCCACAGCUGCUCUGGCAGGAAUCACGGGUCUUCCCAACGUCAUCUUCACCACUGCAGCUACAACUGCCACCACCCAGAGUUCCUCCACGGAUGCCACCAUUAAACCUGUCUUCAGCUUUGGACCGAACCCGCCUGCUUCCGCUGGCCCUGCUGCUAGUGUGACUGUCACUGCUGCCACCUCCACCAGCACAACACAGCCCUUCCUGUUUGGAGGCCUCUCCAGCUCUGCUCCCAGCACAGAAACCAGCUUUACCCCCUCAGGGCCUGUGUUCCAGUUUGGGAAGGCACCUCCAGCUGCAGUCACUGCCACCAGCAGUGUCCCAGGAGGCCCUGCCUUUGGCCAGGUACCUUCAAACUCAACGGUUGCUGCCACCACCGUGGGCUUUAGCAUAUUUGGGAGCACUACACUGACCACCUCUGCCCCAGCCACCACAGCUCAAGCGCCACCGACAUUCGGCUCCUCACUUUCAGCUUUUGGCAGCUUUUCAGCCAGCGCAAAGCCACCGCCACCGUACCCUGGCACCGGGAGCCAGCUCACCUUCAGCACUGGGGCUGCUGAGAGCCAGGUGCCCACCAGCAAGCCUGCUGCUGGCCCCAUCAGCUUCACCCCCUCGUUCAAUUUCGGAGCCUCCCCAGCACAGUCGGUGGCUCAGCCAGCAUUUGGCAGCGGUGCCCAGCCAGCCUUUGGCACAACCAGUGCCCAGGGCUCCUUUGGCACCAGCAGCACCCAGGCAGCAUUUGGGACCACCACCUCCGUGUUUUCUUUUGGAACAGCCACCUCCACCACAUCCAGCUUUGGUGCCACCACCCAGACCACAAGCAGCAGCACCGGUGCCAGUGUCUUUGGCACCACUCCAUCUCCAUUCACUUUUGGGGCCAGCACCCAGCCAGGCCCCUCCACCAGCGCCUUUGGGAUGGGUACACCGGGCCUCAGCAGUGGGUCCCCAGCUGUGGCCUUCAGCUUCGGGGCUGGGCAGAGUGGGGCAGCCCCGGCAGCAGCGCCCUUCGGCUCAUCUCUGCCGCAGAGUGCGCUGGGAGCGCAGGGCCAGAGCACGCCCUUCGCCUUCACCAUGACCAGCACUCCCAACAGCAAGCCUGCAUUUGGAGGAGCUUCAGUGCCCACCUUUGGGCAGGGCACGCCUGUCCCUGGAGCUGUGGGCAGUGGAAGCAGCACCCUUUCCUUCAGGACACCCAGCACUCCUGCCUCAAGCUUUGGAGGAGUCGGCACUUCCUUUGGUUCGUCCACUCCCACCUUCUCCAUCGGGGCAGGAUCCAAGAUGGGCACUCGCCAACGGCUGCAGGCACGGAGGCAGCACACCCGCAAAAAGUAGCCCUGGUGCUGCUGGGCUCCACUGGCUCACGAGUGGGGGCCUCUGGACUGGAGCUGUCCCUGUGGUGGGACCAGGCCCUGUCCCUGACACCCA